AUCUACUUUACUUUUAUAACUUACUUUCAUUUUCACUUUUUCUUUUUGGUCGUCGGUACGAUCCAAGGUGCGCUUAAAAGUACGUGUACUAAAAAUGGCAGGCUUAGUACGGCGAGUAAUCCAGACAGCAAAAGCUCCAUCUGCUAUAGGACCAUACAGCCAGGCAGUUCUGGUUGAGCACACACUGUAUGUGUCUGGACAGAUAGGAAUGAAUCUGUCUGGGAACAUCGUGCCAGGAGGUGUGGUGCCCGAGACAGAACAGGCCUUAAAGAAUAUGCAGGCGAUUCUUGAAGAGGCAGGUACCAAUAUGAAUAAUGUUGUCAAAGCCACUGUGUUAUUAGAUGACAUCAAUAACUUUGGAGCUGUUAAUGAAGUUUAUUCCAAAUUUUUUCAAAAGAGUUUCCCAGCCCGGGCAGCAUAUCAAGUAGCAGCAUUACCAAAGGGUGCUAAAGUAGAAAUUGAAGCAAUAGCCAUUGUUGGAAAACUGGUGGAUACCCAAUGACUAGAGGCCGAAAAUGAAGUUUUUGAAAGUGCAAAACUUUAGUUUUUAAAAGUUCUUUCAUCACCUCAUUAUGAUUAUUGAGAAAUCUGUGUGUGUGUUUUAUACUGACUCAAGUUUGAAUUCUGCAGCAGUUUUAAUUUCUAUUCUAAAAGCAGUAUUGAGUGCUGUAUAUCUAUCUUCAUUUUAUAUAAAGAUUUAGACAAAAAAU